AUGGGAAUCUUUCAGCUAGGAUUCAUCUCAAUGUAUUUGUCAGAGCCUUUGCUGAGUGGUUUUGUCACUGGAUCAUCACUGACAAUUCUGACCUCACAGAUGAAGUAUCUCCUUGGGUUAAAGAUCCCUCGUCGUGAUGGCGUUGGGGCUUUGGUUUUUACUUGGAUCGACAUCUUCUCCAAUCUGAAAAGUACUAACAUAUGUGAUUUAGUUACUAGCAUCAUUGCAAUAGUUCUUAUUGUCCCUGUCAAAGAAAUAAAUGAUCGAUUUAAGAAUAAGAUGAAAGUCCCCUUUCCAAUAGAAUUAAUAGUGAUUAUUGUGGCCACACUGGUUUCCUAUUACUAUAGUUUUAAUACGAAAUAUAAAUCCGCAGUCUGUGGCUCCAUUCCCACUGGAUUCCAGGUUCCGAAAGCCCCAGACUGGAGCUUGAUUCCCAGUAUAGCUGCUGACGCAGUGCCAAUUGCAAUAAUUGGAUUUGCAAUGACAGUAUCUCUUGCUGAAAUAUUUGCCAAAAAACACGGAUACACAAUCAGCACCAAUCAGGAGAUGAUUGCUAUUGGCAUGUGUAAUCUAAUCCCAUCUUUCUUUUCCUGUUUUUCAAGUUGUGCCGCUCUUGCCAAAAGUCUUCUAAGAGAGUCCACAGGUGCCAACACCCAGCUAAAUGGUGUAAUCAGCUCAUCUGUAUUGUUGCUUGUACUGCUUGCCAUUGCCCCUCUGUUCUACUCGCUACAAAAUUGCAUUUUAGGUGUCAUAACUAUAACCAGUCUUAGGGGAGCACUGAGAAAAUUUGCUGACACUCCAAAAAUGUGGUGUAUUAGUAAAAUUGAUACAGUGGUCUGGUGGGUUAGCAUGUUGGCAUCUUCCUUAAUUUCAACUGAGAUUGGAUUAUUGGUGGCUGUUUGCUUCUCCAUGCUUUGUGUGAUCUUCCGUACUCAGAGGCCAAGGGCAACUCUAUUAGGUAAAGUUAGCGGAACAGAGAUUUAUGAAGACCAGUUCACAUACAAAGAGCUGAACAACAUACCUAAUGUUAAAAUAUUCCGAUUUGAUGCCUCUCUCUACUAUGCCAACAAAGACUACUUUAGAAGUUCUCUUUAUAGCAAAACUGGCGUUAACCCUCCCAUAGUGUCUGCAUUGCAAAGGAAGGCAAAGAAAGAAGAAGAAGCAGCUUCAAUUAAUUUGAUUAAAACUGAGAAGAGGAAAACUGCCAAAACUUCUGUACCACAGCUUGACAUCCACUCUCUUAUUAUUGAUUGUGGUGCCAUGCAGUUUAUAGACACCGUGGGGCUUGGUGUUCUUAAAGAAGUCCGCAGUGACUACGAGGAGAUAGGUGUACAAGUGUUCCUUGUUAAUUGCAAUCCAUCAGUUCGCCGAUCCCUUCAUGAUGGAGAGUAUUUCAGCAACACCAGCGGUGAUGUAGAGCUGCUUGCCUUUCACAGUGUACAUGAUGCAGUAACAUUUGCUGAGAGGAAAUUUAAAGAAAAACAGAAAGAAAUUCAGUUAAGGGAUGCUGCCUUCUCAUUUGACCCAGAUCAAGCUAUAAGUGAUGACCUCAGGAAGUGA